UAGUUGUCCAUUGAAGUGCGUUUCAGAGACUGAAUCAUGAAGAGCACAAGAUCUCACUGGGAGUGGUGCGGACAUUGUGCAAUAUGCGAAUAGGGCACGUUAUUUGCGUUUUUGUUGCCUGUGUGAAGUUAUAAUGCAGCUGCUCACAGACCCUGCUGCUGACCUCCAUGAAGUGUUCAAGCUCAGAUAAAGUCGGACAGACAGUGAAAACGGAUACUGGACACAUACAGGACAAACCCGCAGAAUAAGAGUGUGAUUAUACUGGAGGAGAGAUGGGGAACGCUGGGAGUAUGAACCAACACACUGACCCCCGAGGACACCACAUGCCCCUCAAACUGCCCAUGCCCGAGCCGGCGGAGCUGGAGGAGAGAUUUGCGCUCGUUCUGAACUCAAUGAACUUGCCUCCAGACAAAGCAAGAUUACUACGGCAGUACGACAACGAGAAGAAAUGGGAACUCAUUUGUGACCAGGAACGAUUCCAGGUGAAGAAUCCUCCUCACACAUACAUCCACAAGUUACAGAGUUAUCUCGACCCGGCCGUGACCAGAAAGAAGUUCAGGAGGAGAGUGCAGGAGUCGACGCAGGUCCUGCGGGAGCUGGAAAUCUCAUUACGGACCAAUCACAUUGGGUGGGUGCGGGAGUUUCUGAAUGAGGAGAAUAAGGGUUUGGAUGUGUUGGUGGAGUAUCUUUCGUUUGCACAGUAUGCUGUCACGUAUGAUGGUGACAGUUUUGAGAACAGCACAGAUAACUCGGUGGAUAAAUCUAAAGCCUGGAGUCGAUCGAUUGAAGAUCUCCAUGGAGGAAACAGCCUCUCAUCAGCUGUCACAGGCAACAAUUUCUCCAGAACCAGCAGACAUUCAACGUUAAGGUCUAAUACGUUAUCCAGCCGGAAGACAUUGAAGAAUUCCAGAUUAGUUUGUAAGAAAGACGAUGUUCACGUGUGCAUCAUGUGCCUACGAGCCAUCAUGAACUACCAGUAUGGCUUCAACAUGGUCAUGUCUCACCCUCAUGCUGUGAAUGAAAUUGCACUAAGUCUGAACAAUAAGAAUCCCAGGACUAAAGCUCUGGUGCUGGAGCUGCUGGCUGCCGUGUGUCUGGUUCGAGGAGGUCAUGAGAUCAUUCUCUCUGCCUUUGAUCACUUUAAAGAGGUGUGUUCAGAAGAUCAACGGUUUGAGAAACUCAUGGAGCAUUUCAAGAAUGAAGAUAAUAACAUUGACUUCAUGGUUGCCUGUAUGCAGUUCAUUAACAUUGUGGUUCAUUCUGUGGAAGACAUGAAUUUUAGAGUGCACUUACAGUACGACUUCACAAAGCUGGGCUUGGACGAAUAUCUGGACAAACUGAAGCACACCGAGAGCGAUAAACUGCAUGUGCAGAUUCAAGCGUACCUGGAUAACGUGUUUGAUGUUGGGGCUCUGUUGGAGGAUGCAGAGACCAAGAACGCAGCGCUGGAGAGAGUGGAGGAACUAGAGGAGAACAUGUCUCAUCUGACAGAGAAGUUACAGGACACAGAGAAUGAGGCGAUGGCGAAAAUCGUUGAGCUGGAGAAACAACUCAUGCAAAGAAAUAAAGAGCUGGAGUCUAUUCGGGAGGUGUAUAAAGACGCCAACUCUCAGGUGCACACCCUACGGCGUAUGGUGAAGGAAAAGGAUGAGGCCAUUCAGAGGCAGUGCAACCUGGAGAAGAAGAUCCACGAGCUGGAGAAACAGGGAACCAUCAAGAUCCAGAAGAAGGGGGAUGGGGACAUAGCCAUCCUGACGUCUCCUCCACAGGGGAACGGGCAUCUACCAGGGUCAGAGGGUGUAGUUGGGCUGUCCGGUGAGGGAGUGGUCAGUCAAAGAGGUGUGGCUAAUGGGGCGGCACAUGGUAUGCCCAUGUCUGAACCUCCGCCACCCCCCCCACCUCCUCCUAUGCCGGCGUCAUUACCAAACGGUCCAUCUGCUGCGGCACCAGCUCCCCCACCUCCUCCUCCUCCUCCUCCUCUUCCUGUGGAUAUAUCUGCCCCUAUGCCUCCUCCACCACCCCCCAUGGCGCCUCCACUUCCAGGCUGUGGAUCGCCCACCGUCAUCAUGAACUCAGGACUGGCAGAGGGACCCAUCAAACUGUACUCUGUGAAGAUUAAGAAACCCAUCAAGACUAAGUUCCGUAUGCCGGUGUUUAACUGGGUGGCGCUGAAACCCAAUCAGAUCAACGGCACCGUGUUCAACGAGAUUGAUGACGAAAAAAUACUUGAGGAUCUGAAUUCCACUUUGGAUGAGUUUGAGGAGAUGUUUAAGACGAAAGCACAGGGUCCAGCCAUAGACAUCACCUCCAGCAAACAGAAGACCUCUCAGAAAGGACCAAAUAAAAUCUUGCUGCUGGACUCCAACAGGGCUAAAAACCUGGCCAUCACCCUCAGAAAAGUGGGCAAGACAUCAGAGGAGAUCUGCAGAGCCAUUCAAAUGUUUGAUCUGCGGACGUUGCCGGUGGAUUUCGUGGAGUGUUUGAUGAGGUUCAUUCCAACGGAAGCGGAGCUGAAAGUUCUGCGGCAGUACGAGAAGGAACGCAAGCCUCUAGAGAAUCUGACAGAUGAGGAUCGCUUCAUGAUCCACUUCAGCAAGAUAGAGCGUCUCAUGCAGAAGAUGACCAUCAUGGCAUUCCUGGGGAAUUUCACAGAGAGCGUUCAGAUGCUCACACCGCAACUUCACGCUGUUAUUGCAGCAUCUGUCUCUAUCAAGUCCUCACAAAAACUCAAGAAGAUUCUGGAAAUCAUCUUGGCUCUGGGGAACUACAUGAACAGCAGUAAAAGAGGAGCGGUAUACGGCUUCAAACUGCAGAGCUUAGACCUGUUAUUAGAUACUAAAUCAACAGACCGCAAGGUCACUCUUCUGCACUAUAUUGCAAAUGUAGUGAAGGAAAAAUACCAGCAGGUGUCACUCUUCUACAAUGAGCUGAACUAUGUGGAGAAAGCUGCAGCAGUCUCUCUAGACAAUGUCUUAUUAGAUGUGAAGGAGCUACAGAGAGGGAUGGAUUUGACCAGGAGAGAGUACAGCAUGCACGGACACAACACAAUGCUCAAAGACUUCAUACAGCUAAAUGAGAAUAAACUCAAAAAACUUCAGGAUGAUGCCAAGAUCGCUCAGGAUGCCUUUGAUGAAGUGGUGAAAUUCUUUGGAGAAAAUUCCAAAACAACACCACCGUCUGUGUUUUUCCCAGUGUUUGUGCGCUUUGUGAAAGCAUACCGGCAAGCAGAGGAGGAUAAUGAACAGAGGAAAAGACAUGAGCAGAUGAUGAUGGAGAAGCUGAUUGAGCAAGAAGCUAUGAUGGAGCAAGAGGAUCAGAAGUCUCCCUCUCAUAAGAAUAAACGGCAGCAGCAGGAUUUGAUUGCGGAGCUGAGGAAGAAGCAGGUGAAGGACAGCAGACAUGUGUAUGAGGGUAAAGAUGGAGCCAUUGAGGACAUAAUCACAGUGCUGAAGACUGCCCCCUUUACUGCGCGCACAGCCAAACGCAGCUCGCGUUACUUCAACGAGGAGCUCCACUUCUAAAGCUUAGACUCUCUCUCUCUUAAAGAUUUGAGAAACCAGCCUUACAGGCGCGCUGACGCUGUCAGGAGGAGCGUUCGAAGACGAUUUGAUGAUCAGAAUUUGCGGCCAAUCAACAGUGCAGAGAUGGUCAUGUGACGAAGGCAGAGGGGAUGUGAUUGGAUGGGCUGGAGGAGUGGAGGAGGAGCUAACUGCUCCCAAACAAAAUAAUGAAGGACUAAUGAAGAUGACAGCAGGUCUGAAAGUCAAGUGCCUAUAUUUAACAUCUGUCCCAUCAGGUGUUGAAUCAUACAUGUGUUUUAGUCAGUCUUCUGUGAUUUUUUAUUUUUAUUUUUAUAUGACAAACAGUGUCUUGAUCUGUCUUUUAUUUUAUGGCGCUUAAAUUGUAGAUGGCGAGAUCAGUGUUUUUCUCAAGAAAGUGUCAGAAUGUAAAACUGAUCCAACACUUGUAUCAUGAACCUAUACAAAGGCCUCUUACAUUCCAGUGCUUUUGCCACAGAUCAAAAUCGACCAAUCGUGUGUACUCUAAAUGACUAAUCUAUUAGUCUGUCUUAAAGAAGGCCUGUAUAAGGGUCCAUCAGACCCUGUUUUUAUUGGGCUGUUCACAUGGUGCACAUUCUUGUGUUUAAAAAAACAACAGAAAGAGCCCAAUAAAUUGGAAUGCAGCUUGAGAAGCAUUUUACAAAGUUUAACUAUGUUAAAUGUUGUAAAAAUGCAAUGUUGAUGGCUUGAGAUGCUGCAGGGUGAGACAUUCAACGGUAAAAAUAACAAGAACAUUUCUCACAGAAGGUGAUUUGAAGUCCAAUAGUUAAGUAUUUAAAUGUGUUGUUGGUGCUUUAAAGGAUGAAUUUGGAGACGUAGCUUCUCAAAGAGGGUUUUACCAUGCCGACAGUACUGGUAGACUGUUAGCGCACUAAAAUCCUCUCAGAGAGGUUGCAUCUAUUAAUAGUCUUGCAGGGAUGACAUAUUUUUGUAGGCCAAAACCAAGAACUGAGUUAGCAUUUUAGCGCUUCUGGCUCGAUCAUCCUUAUGGAACCGGAAGAUCUUUUUACGUUUUAUUCUACAUAAAAGAAUAAAUAAGAUAUUUGCUAUGGCUAAAUGGGACUAAAGAGGUUGUCACCUGUGAACCAGUAAACUCAUCUAUUAGCUAGUCUGUUUUUACGGCCUCAUUGUGUUUAUACUCAUGCUCUUGCAAACUAUUCUAACUCAAAAGUUCAGCAAAAAUGUUUUUAAAUAAAGACUGAAAGAGUUGGUCGUGUCAUUGAAGUCAUGCAACCGUAGUUUCGUUUAUUUAUGUUUAGUUUAUACUUCUGGCGAUCAUAGUUAGGCAUCAAAGUUGUGUUCAUUGAGAAGAUUCUCAUGAUGAAAAAAUGUGUGAGAAUCAUAAACUUUAGUUGAUCACAGAGCUUAUUUUCUGCAAUAAUCCUAAAGUCAAUCGAAAAUUUCUAUUGUCUUUUUGUCGAGGGAAUCAGGGUGAUGCAAACUUAUGGGGUUGGCCAACAAAAAUACAUCACUGCAGCACUCUUUCAUCUACUUUAAAGCACCACCACUAAAUAUAUGAUGGGCCUGUCCCAAUACCCACACUUGUGGUCUUGGCCACAAUGGGAAGUAAGAGCACAAGACUGUCCCAGGUUUGAAAAAUGCCAAAGCUCAGUGUCCUUAACACACACUAAACCCAUCUCUAAAACAUCAGUUUUUACCAUGGUUUUCAUCGUGUUCAGGAACUCAUCAAACUUAAGAGUUGUCAAGAAAGAAACUUUCCAUUGUAAGUUAAAUUAAUUAGAUCUUACAUAUAAUUUGGUAGUAAAGCGUAUAGUGUCUUUUAAUGCACCUCAAUUAAAAGUUUAAUCUGUUACACUAGCAGACCAGACAUUUAGUAGUUUAUUUAAAAGUGCAAAGCAUUGAAAAUACAGCUCUGUUAAAACUUGUCAAAAGUUCUACACAAACUUGCAGUCUUCAUGCUCACUUGAGUAUUUGGGCCAAAUGCAGGAAAUACAUCAUGCAAGCAAACAAGUGGUCAAGUUUAAAGACCACACAUAUGGGUAUUGGAACAUGCCCUUUAAAAAUCUAUAUAAACGAAUCGACUAGUCAGUCAGCUGUUUGCACUAAUCGACCAUCCUGAUCCAAGCCUAAUAAGAAGUGUUGAUCCCAGUCAUGGUGGGGUUACUGCGGGAGGCCGUGAGCUGAGGUCGCACUCUUGGUGCGCAGAUGGAGAGAGAGUUCAGUUAAGUAGGAGAAGGUGCAAAGAAAGACUUUUUUAGAAAGGACUGAUGUGACAAAGGCAAAUGUGAAAUAUAAGCCAAAGGCUGCAGAACUCACAUUUCUGAAAGAUUGUUGACGAGUCUGAAUUAAAAAGCUGCUCAAGCAAUACUGCUUUUAGGCUUUGGUCCUCAAACUGUGGGUUGAUUAUAAUUACAUAAACCAAAGUGCAGAAGUGAAAUUCAAGAACUUCAGCAGCCUUUAAGAAAGUUCUGGAAUCAGACUUCAGCAUUUUCAGCAAGUUCAUUUCAUUGAAUAAUUAAUGUUCCAUGUUCAAUUCAGGUGAAGCUCUGCAAAAAGAAACUAAUUCCAACUUGUCCCUCGGUUUGUAAAAACAAGCAAAAAUCUUGUUUACAAUAAUGCAUUUAAAAGAUCAAUUUAUGGGCCCAGACAGGAAUAAAUGUAAAAAUAAAGUUUUGAAAGUAAAACCUCAAGAUUAACAUUACAUGUUACCUGUAGCAAACUAUACAUGUGAUAUAAUCAGUUACUAUCCAAUAUUCUCUUAUAACUAGCAAUACAACACAUAUGUCAAGACUGUAACUGGUGCAAAACCAACCCUGCUCCAACACAUACCUGUACUUUUCAAUCUUGAUUAGCUGUAUCAGAUGCGUUUAAUAAGGGUUAAUUCUAAACUGCAUGGCUGUUCAGCAGAGUUUUGCACCCCUGAUUUAGACUAAAAAAAUAUGAGCUUUACAGUACGUCUGCUUUUUAAACCCUAGCACACUUGCCCCAUACGUCAAUUGGAAGUGCAUUACUGUAAAUGGAAUCUUGUUUUAUACACAGAGGGUUGAAUAUAUUGUCUGUGGUAAUCGACAGCUUACAUAUAUUGUCUAUCCACGUUUUGAACACAGAAUAUUCCUUAAUAUAUUUUAUGCACCUGCCACUACUUACUGCAUUAACUGUGCGCGUGACGUACGGCCGCUGACCACUACAGCAAACCUCCUUCCCUGUGGCACUUGUUCUUCAAUACAGAAGAUCAGGUUCAUUCAGUUGCUGUAACUGGACUUGUUCUUGGUCAGAUCAUGGGAAAUAAUGCUGCGUUCACGCCAUGUCGUAAUUACCGCAGUCUCGAGAAGACACCAUGUGACUUUCUAUUCAGCGCUGUUCACGUCCUCGGACUGAGAAAUAUGCGUUUGUAUGGCAACACUAUCAAGGCCUAAAUAAAUCUGCAGCGGUCACGUGGUACAGGUAGGAGCUCUCCGAAAAUUACCAUCUUACAAGUUGUAAUUGCAAGCUCUACGAGAACGUGAACGCUUUUAAUAAGUAAUUACGGUAAUUACAACAUGGCGUGAACGCACCUUAAGGCCUGUUAUAACAACUGAAUUCUGUGCGGUUCUAUAAUGACCUGCACAAAUGAAAAUUCAAGUUUCUUGUGAUGUGUAAUUCUAUUUAAAAGCAAAAAUAUAAAUAAAAAAAAAAAACAUUUGUUAAAUGUACAGAUAUUUUGCUACAAAAUUUGUUGAGUCUUUUUAACUUUUUAAUCUUCUAAUAUUGUACAUAUUGUUUAAAAAACAAACAAAAAAAAUCAUUCUGUACUACAACAUUUGAAUAUUUUAACUUAUAGUUUUCUCUUUUUUCCUGCAUUUUGUAUAUUUAAUAAAACUGAAAACCUGAAUCCCUAGACAUGUGGCAGCAGCACACCCUUAUGCUAAGAAACUAGAAUAUCACUUCUACACUAAAACAUCAGAAAUCAGAUGCAGUAGUAGUAUUAUAGCCACUAUAGAUUUCUGUCUCAUCUCUCUGCAUUCCAUUCAUAAAAACUGGAUUAAACUGGCAAAUGUUUGUUUUUUAUCUUUUUCCAAAAUCACUGUAUCUUAGGCAUUGUAUGCUUACUGCGAAAAAGAUCUGUUCUCAGAUUUAAAAUUAGAUGAUUUCUCAGUGUCCAAUUAAACUAUUUACACAA